ACGGCCACUGGUCUGUCGUUUGUGAUGCAGCAUUGGCUCUGGCUCCACGGCAAGCAGUGAGGGUCCAAGUCCGAUCAAGCCCCGAGGCGCAUCUCCGUCGAAUCAGCGAAGCAGCCGGAUGUCGGUGUUUACCCAGGGCAUCAAGUCAGCCUUGACCAAGAUGGGCCACCGACGCAGCCGCUCGAGCCGUUCGGAUGCCACUUCAGCUGCUGACCAUGCUGAGCGUGAGACCGCCGUGCACGACAUUGACAACUACCCCGACGAAGAACACUCGGUCGAGCAAAGCCCUGCUGUCUCUGCUUCGUCCUCGCCUCAGCCACACGCAAGAGAAUAUGGCCGCCGCGGCAACGACGACGACAGCGACAACGAUGGCGACGAUAACAACGAUAACUGUGGCGGUCGCGAUCGAUCGUCGCCGCCUCCCCAGCGACUCGCACCUCGAGACACUUACGGCAACAGCCGAGCCGAGUCGGACUCGUUGCGCCCGUCAUCCGCCCGCGGACUUCCUCUGGGACUGCGAGACUUCCAACAGCACAGCACUAACACCAUCACCGAGGUCUCGGAGGAAACCACAGACUCGGCGAGCUGGCCGCGCCAGCCAAAGUCGAUGUUCUCCGGUGCAAGCAAGUCACGGCAACCCGCGGCGUCGACCAACGGCAGCACCACACCACAGCCAACCCCUGGUCGGGGCACCAGUGCCAGUAUUGUCAAAGGCGCACCACAAACCAAUGUCGUCCAAGUGGCCCCAGGCAAUACCCGGCCGGCCUCGCGUGGCGGGAGAAGCACACAGGGCACCGGCGACGACAUGAACUCGUUUGACGUCACCGAGCUAAGCGAGAUCAGCGCCAGCCUCGAAAUUACUUCCUUCAGCGACAUGGAAAAUGCCGACCUCGUCCAAAAGUUCAAGGCCAAUGUCCAGCCUCCCAGCAGCGAUGAGGAUGCGACCGCUCGAGAUCGGGGCGGUCGCGGUGGAACGGCACCUGGGGGCUCUGGUGGAAACGGAUGGACAGACCGAUCGCCCGGUCCAGAGCGAAAGGCCUCGUCAGCACCAGCACCGGCCGUCAGCCGCCCGGCUGUGAUCAGAGUGGCGGCGAAUCAGUCCGACGACGAAUCGCCGUGGGAUGACGAUGAGGAACCUACCCGCAGCCAGCGACAGCCAGAGCGCGAAGCCGACAGCAAACCACGAGGAUCCACAACAGCAGCACAACAGCCACGGCUGGCGGAAGAAGACGAGUUUGACUUUGACGACUCAGAGCUCGAUAUGGAGCAUGCAUAGCAGUGAUUUACUGUUGUCCUUACGUCUGGUUUUGAGUCGGCCCUGCCACGCUCUGACCGACUCGACCCUCGGAGUAAACGACAACACAGCUAUGUAUUUCGAUGUACAGAGACGAAUAGGACACGAAACUUUCUGGCAGAAGGGAAGGGGAGCAAGACGGAGGCGGGGAAGCCCCCACCA